GGUUACGGGGGUUGGGGCGAGCGCGCGGGAUCUCGGCAGUGUAGUGGCAACGAUUCAUGGAUGCAGACACACCCUCUCUCAUCUACGGACGCCACAGCAGUUCACUGGGAGGUGUUACAGGAACGAGCCACGUGAGCGGGGGUCCGUGAGGCGGCAGGAGAAGCCUAAACACAAUGCUCAACCCUCCCGCCAGGGGAUACCUCAGUGAUACGCCAACGCCCUGUCGGAGCAACACACCUACAAUCUCACUGGUGAACAGUCAGCAGUGCAGCGUCUGGAUUCGUACUCCAUUUGGAUUAAGCGCUGCCGCCGCGUCGACUGUGCAUUAUGGAGGGGAGUUCGGUUGUGUACUUACCUACCACGGAGAAGAAGCCUCCCCGGAACACUUCCUUCGCCUUUCUUAGCGAAAACAACUUCUCACUCUUGAAACCCAACAAGACAGGACUCCUUCAAGGGCCCCGUCGUGUGCUGCGGCUAUGCGUGUUCGUGCUGGUGCUGCCCACCGUGCUUAUCACCAUCCCUCUGUACGUGCGGCUGGUGUUAUACCCUCCUGCGCAUUACCCUAUGAUGCCCACUGACCAGCGCCUUCUCAGCGGCCACGUCUCCUCUUUCUGGUGCCAGGCACAAUCCACGCACAUGAAUGGCUCUUUUAACGCUUACCACGCGGCCGGCAGCCCCCAAGUCAGUGACACUCGACGCACUCAUGUCAUGCUCCAAAACCUGAAACUCAAGGACGACAUCAAGGAAUACUGGGGCUUCUAUUUCCUCAAGGGAACCACUGUUACCUUGUCAACGUGCGCAAAGUGGGACGGAGGGCAGCUGAUGGUGCUCCGCGGAGUGGAGAACCUGCGUCGGUGUGCGUGGAUCGGCGAGAAGGACUCAGCCGAAGACAUGGCGGAGGACGACGACCCUUUGAGUCAGGAGAAGGCCAUCCUGUUGGAACAGCACGUCCCUCAUAACGACGUUGACCGAAAUCCAGAUAGUCUGGGAAUAACUGGUGCGACUCGAGUUAAGCAGCAGCAUAUCGACGGAAAAGAGAUAGAAGUGGAGGGACAUCAGCCUACAAAAGUUACGGAGGAUAAUGCAGCAGAGAUAGAAGACGAUGUAGAAAAUGUGAAUGGUAAUGUAAAUGUACAACUUAAACACACCUCCGAGGAGAGGAAGAGGGGCCUCACUGAGCUCCUUCGACAAGCCAUCAGAAUCAGCAAGGGCAAAAAGGAAAUUCUUAAAAUCCUGCAUAAAGAAGGUAAAGACCCCAGCAAGUCGUAUCGUAACAAUGACAGCGACAAAAACACGGAGUCCGUGGGUUUAACAGAACUUGGGCCUAAUUCCGAUAAAAGUGUAAAAACAGAGGACGCCUUGAGGGAAGCUAAAAGCACAAAGCUGAAAGACGAUACACUGAAUGGCAAGCGCAAGCGAGGCGGCGACAAGAAAAAGAGACGCAAGAAGGGCAAUCGCCGCGACGAAAACCUCACCGAGGAGGACCUGCCUCAAGACGCGAAACAUGAACGUCUGAGAAGAUCGCUCCAGCAAGACGAUCUCGACGGCGCCUUCGAAGAUGAAGUGGAUGACAUUCUGGCGGUGUUGACGGAGCCGCAACAACGCAACGUUUCAGUGGAGACCUCUCUGGGGGCCCAGAUCUUUUACUCCGAAGGUCUGAAGUUCGAGAGGGGUAUGUUUAACCAGUCGACAGCUGGAGACAACUCCAGGGAGGAGCAUCGGUCGUCCUAUUCCAGCAGCGAGGAGGCGCUAGCGAGCUGCGAAGGUGUGAUUCUGACCCUCCCGCUUGUGCCAUACAAAAGCUGCGACUACCGAAAUGUAGCCCUCAAUAAGAUCGUAUACGACAUACCAGUCACCGGUACCUACUACUUCGUUUUCUCUAGUGACAAUGAAAUAUACAUCAACGAUCUGUAUUUUAACAUAACAAUGGAGCGCGUGGUGUAUGACGUCGGGGAGCAAGAGAAGGUGUGCGGCAAUGCCACCGACUGCUCCCUUCCACUAAACUUUUGGUCAGACGAUCAAAUGGUGGUAGACGUACCGCAGGAACAAGGCUGGGACCACGCCUACCUCCUUGAUACCAAGUGUGAACCUCGGGUCUAUGUCUACCUAAUAUUAAUACUUUUUGUACCUCUGCUGAUUAUGUGCUGUGCUUUCCACUAAACCUUUAAGUGCCCUUGCGACUCAUUUAGUCCCUGGGAAAGGGCAGUACUUGAAUUUGAUUUUAAGUAUUAGAUAUUACGAAAUAAAAACAAGUGAUACAAUGUGAUAGAGGCGUUGCUCUAAUGGGUACUUUUAAGUGAUCUGGUAGGCAGACGUUAAACACACACUAGCCCUUCUCUUCUUGGACGCUGAAUUCAAGACGUUAUUUACGGACGUAUGUGUAUGUGUAUGGGAAUGAUUCAUACUGAACAAAUUGCAAAUAAAGCAGCGAAGUGAAGAACAGGAAAUACAUUAAUAAGCAGAAGACCUUUUCGCUUUAUUACUGUUCCAGGUCCCCGAUGAAGCAGUACCUCGAAAAGGCCUGCGGCAUAUUUGUGUAUUUCCCAGUUCUAUCCUUCCUUGCUUCAUUUAUAUAUGUAUAUAUUUUCGUCUUUACACAUGUUCAAACAUCACAUUUUCUGCGCCUUUGCCAUAUGAAGGGUGAUUCAUAUUAAAUAUAAAAUUUAUGAGUGAUCAACUGUGAGUUGUUGUUUUUUCAGGACUCUUGUGUAUCACAACAUUCUGACUAUUUUACGUAAACAAUUGUUAAGUACUGAUGUAAUACAAGCUUAGGUUAAUCUACCAUAAGUAUAUACAUAAGAAAUGACAUAUUAACAAAUAACGAUUUGUAAGAACAGAAGUUAUAACUUCAUUUAUAAACCAUUACAGUUAAUUCUGAUGUCAAAUAUCAGUAAUUUGUGUAAUAUAAUCAUAAGUGUACAAUGAUAUUCUGUGAUAUAGCAUACGGCUGUGCAACUGCUCCUAUGCUUACUUGUAUAUUGCAUGAUUUUGCUAUUGUACUGUCCAAAAAACCUGACGAAUGAAACCGAUGAUCAUGAAAUUAUUUUUUUCUGGAGUAAUUUCAGAGCUGUUCCUUUGAAAUGCUAUGAGCAUUCUCUUUUAUAUCAUGUCAGCAUAUAAAUAGUAUUUGUCGUGCAUAUGCUGCUGGAGAAGCAUUUUUGUAAAUAAACGUUAUGAUAAACUAUAA